UGGUUUUGUGGAAAUGUGAGCAUUUUAUUGCCAGUCUUCCGUGAAAACUCCUUUAAACUACACACUGCGGUUUUGAAAGCAUUAUAUUACUUUUAAAAUAUUACUUUAAAAAAUAAGGUUCCAUACACGAUGGCAAGUGUCAUUCAGGAGAUUCGAUUACGCAUCCAACAAAGAAACACUGCUGCCAACGCUGCUGCCAACGCUGCUGUCAACGCUGCAAGAGUGGCUGAGAGAGUUGCACAGCUCAGAGAAAUUAAGGCAAAAAUCAAGAUCAUUGCUGAUGAAGUUACAACUCUGGGCAAUCUUAUACGAUUCACAGAUGAUAAUAAAACCAAGAAGGACCUCCUGGCGGAGAAAAAGUCCCUAGAGGAUGAAAACACAACAAACAUCAGUGAUAAAGAAGCAAAAAUUGCAGAGAUCAAGAUCCUAAAAGCGGAUUUCGUCGAUUCAGACGAAAUCUAAGCACUUCAUAUGUAUCACGAUACUUAAUGUAAGAAAUUAAUGAAAUUUUCCUAAAUAGUGUAUAAAAGUUGGAAUAACAUCUCCGAAUUUGCUUAAAUUUAAAACAUU